CCGGGAGACGGCGGACGACGACAACUGGUGAAGUGCCUCGAGAGUUUUGUUAUUUAGGAGAGGAUCGGCCCGUAAACUAUUCGGAUAGUUUGGAACUGACAAAAGUUUGUGCACUUCUUUUGAAACAGUGGGUGGAUUUAUUUUUGAUUUGUGAUGUUGGAGUUCGACAGGAUGUCGUACAUAUUUGGCAGCUUCGCCCGUCGGCGGCAAAGCCACGAGGUGUCGUCGGCGAAACGUCGCAGCAUCGAACCACCGCCGAAAAUCGUCCACGACAGAUCGAAAUCGACGCCCCACACCAAGAAGACGGUCACAAUAUCGACGCCGAGGGCCAAAAGCGUCUACAACGUGGCUUUAAAUGACGGACAGUUCAAAUGCUCCAUGUGCCUGAGGCAAUACGUCGAUCCGAGGGUUCUGCCGUGUCUUCACUCGUUUUGUUUGAGGUGCUUGCAGGAGCUGGAGAGCGGCAGCCCGGGCAGCUGGCAGGAGGCUGACAGUCCGAAGACGAGCAGCAGUCCGGAUUCCCGAAAGGCCAGCAGCUCAGGUGGUUCGGGCUACGUCAGCGACAAGCACGAGUACAAGUCGUUGUGCUGUCCAUCCUGCGGGACCGGAUGGGACAUACCCGACGGGGGCGUCGGGGCCUUUCCCCCAAACUACACGCUGCAACACAAGAUGGUGGUGGCGAGUCUGAGCGGGCAGGGCACCCAUCUGUGCGACGUGUGUACGACGGAUGUGACGGCGACGUCUCGUUGCACCGACUGCGCCUUAAGUUUCUGCCAUGCAUGCGAAGAACUGCACUUAAGACAAAAACUAAGUGAGAACCACGAAGUGCUGUCGUUGGAGGACGCCAGACGUAGAGGCAUCACCCGAAUACGUCGACAAAUUAUGUGCAUCAGGCAUCCAGAAUUAGAAUUGUCCAUUUUUUGUUCCACUUGUUCACAGGUGAUUUGUCGUGAGUGCAUUACGUCACACAGGGGUCACACAUGUGAGCCCGUUUCGAGGGUGGCAAAAUCGCAGAUCACCAAUUUGAGACAUGCGGUGGACAAAGCCAAGGCGGUGAUGGAACAGUCUGCGGUGGCGGCCAAUAAGUUGCACCUCAACUCGAAGAAGAUCGAGGCGCAAUGCGGCAAGGUGCAGAUGGAGGUGGAGAAGUUCAUCGAGAACUACAUCAAGUCGGUCGAGGACCACAAGACGAAUCUUCUGGAGCAAAUUCAACAGGUGAAGGAGGAGAAGAUCGAGUCGAUAAAUCAGGAGAAGGUGAACCUGCAGAAGAGGAUAAACGAAGCCAGAGAUCUGGCUUACUUUUUGGAUGACCUUCUGAGGGAAGGCACGGAUGUGGAAAUGUUAAGGUUCGUGAAACCGGUCAUGGAAAAAAUGAACAGAUGCACCAGCGACAAAUCGUUUGAAGUUAGAUUGUCGGGAAGUCUUAUAUUCCUUCCGGAGGAGGCGGUACCUUGCAGCAACAACUUCAUGACUCUCUAUGGAGUAUUAUCAACACAAUCCGUGUCAGCACAACAUUGCCUAUUAAAUACGGAUGGUCUGAUGAACCUCCGAGUUGGCAAACAAGCGGAAGCAAUAUUGGAGACGAGAGAUUACAAUGACAUUCCUUUAGAUCGAGGUGGAGAGAUGGUUAUGGCAGAGAUUCGGUACAGAGACGCCGGAGUUUCAAGAUGUUUAAAUGUGAUGGUGGACGAUAGACGUGAUGGCACUUACAGCAUUUCUUUCGUGCCAGAUGUUGCCGGGAAAUUAGUUCUAAGUGUAUUCAUCAAAGGAGAAGCCAUUAAAAACAAUCCAUUUCCGUUUGUGGUGCGAAGCUUAAAACCCCACCAUGGUACUUUCCACUGUUGCACCUUCUGUUCAAGUGGGGGUAGUAAAGAGGCAUCCUGCGGUUGUGGAGGCAACAUGCCCGGAGGAUAUAAAGGUUGUGGUCACGGACACGAAGGACAUCCAGGAAAAAGACAUUGGUCCUGUUGCGGUAACAUAUUGGAACAUUCUGAAUGUUCUAAAUCGAAUUCACAUUAUCAGUUCACUUUGUGAAAUGUAUCUUCCAUAUACAAUGUGUUGUAAUAUAAAUAAUUUAAAAUGUUAAAUAAUAAUUAGAAGGUAUUGAUUAAAUUAUUCCACAUAUA